AUGUUUAGCAGAACACUAUCCCAAGCCUCUCGACUCUCCUCCAGACUCGUCCGAAGCAGUACCGCUAAGAGUGCUCUGAAGAGAUUUUCGCACGACCACGCCGGUACUCCCCAGCCUCCCUUUGUCCAGAGACGCGCUCCCAACAAAUCUCUUUCUGAGCAUGCUGAACUGAUUUGGGAGGAUGGAGUGGCUCCCGAGACUGCGAUCGAUUUCGAUGUCAUGGGCAUGAAGACCGGACGUGCUUUCCUGUGGAUGCUUAGUGGCUUUAGUUUGUUCUUCUUCCUGUACGAGGGAGUGAAGCACUACGACCCCGAGCACUUGAAACGUUAUACCGCUCGCGAGAACCCCUAUAAGAAGGCCUAACUACAACAAUGCUAUGCUAUAUUUCACUUAU